AUGUCUAUCGGAGCUGACGCAAAGGUAGUGCGCAUUUGUCUCUGCGGUGACGAAGGCACUGGCAAGUCUAGUCUGAUCACCAGCCUUGUCAAAGAUACAUUCGUCGCACACAAGAUACAACCAACCCUCCCUCCUAUCACAGUUCCUCCCAGCAUCUCAACACCAGAAGAUGUCUCAACCACAAUUAUAGAUACCUCUGCUCUACCGCAAGAGCGCAACAACCUCAAUAAGGAAAUCCGGAAAUCAAGUGUCAUUUUCCUGGUAUAUGCAGAUCACUAUAGCUAUGAGCGGAUUGCCUUGUUCUGGCUUCCGCACUUUCGAUCUCUCGGCGUCAAUGUCCCAGUUGUCCUCUGUGCCAAUAAGUCCGACCUGUCCACAAACGUCAGCACAGAGCAGGUGAUUGAAGAUGAAAUGCUCCCAGUCAUGUCAGAGUUUAAAGAGAUUGAUUCAUGCAUACGUACGAGCGCGAGGGAACAUCAUAACAUCAAUGAAGCCUUCUUCCUCUGCCAGAAGGCGGUGACGGAUCCAAUAGCCCCACUUUACGAUGCGAAAGAAUCAAGUCUGAAACCUGCUUGUAUCUCUGCUCUCAAGAGAAUCUUCCAUCUUUGCGAUCACGAUCAGGAUGGCUACCUUUCCGACGAUGAAAUCCAGCAAUUCCAGAACAAGUGCUUCGGCAAGCCUCUUUCACCUUCCGAUCUUGAGAAUAUCAAGAAUACUGUCUCUGAUGCUACGCAAAGCACUGCGAGCCAGAAAGGUAUCACUAGCGAGGCAUUCGUCGCAUUGAACAAGAUAUUUGCUCAGAAGGGCCGGCACGAGACCAUCUGGCUUAUCCUACGCACGUUCCACUACAGCAACAGCCUAUCUCUCGAACCUCGCUACUUUUCACCUAAAUUUGAUGUACCACCAAAUGCUUCUGUUGAACUGUCUCCUGCUGGUUACCGCUUCUUUGUUGAUUUGUUUCUGCUUCAUGACAAAGACAACGACGGCGGACUGUCUCCUUCGGAACUAGACUCACUUCUCUUUCCCACACCCGGCUUGCCCACUUCAUGGUCUGACGACAGUGCUUCAUUUCCAUCCUCAACCGUGCGGAAUGAGGCUCAUUAUAUCACACUCCAGGGAUGGCUGGCACAAUGGAGCAUGACAACGUUCUUUUCACCUAAGACUACCCUAAACUAUCUUGCGUUCUUAGGGUUUGAUCCCCCAAACCAGAACACCAAAUCUGCUCUCACGAUCACCAAACCUCGAAAACGGACUGUACGCUCUCGGAAGCGACCACCAAAGACGGAACGAAGCGUUCUGUUUGCUUACUUGGUUGGUUCUCCAGGGGCAGGCAAGUCGUCACUUCUCGAUGCCUUCCUAUCCCGGCCAUUCUCUCCGACCUACCACCCAAGUAUCAAGCAACGUACAGCCGUCAAUACAGUCGAGCUUCCAGGUGGGAAGCAGUGCACGCUGAUCCUUUCUGAGCUCGGUGAGCUCGAACCAGCCAUCCUCGAGAAUUCCAACAAACUCUCGACCGCCGACCUCGUGGUCUACGUCUAUGAUUCUUCCGACCUAGAUUCAUUCUCCUAUAUUCCGUCACUGCGAUCACAACACCCUCAUCUAGAGGAUAUGCCUAGCUUGUAUGUAGCCUUGAAGGCUGAUAUGGAUCGCUGUAUGCAGAGCGGUGAUGUACAGCCUGAUGAUUACACUACCUCUUUGGGCUUGGGAAAGCCCUUGCAUGUUAGCGUUAUGUGGAGCAGCAUUGGCGAAUUGUUCGUCAACAUAGCUGAAGCAGCGCUCUGGCCUGCUAGCGCACUACCUGCCGCAAAAGACGGUGAUAGUGAUGAUGGGGACUGGACGAGCUGGUGGAUCGCAGGCGGAGCCAUGGCGACUGUUGUUGCCGCUGCCCUUGGUGUCUGGAGGAGACUGGACAGGUAG